AUGUCAGAUUUGGGGGAUUUAGAUUCCAUUCAAGGGGCUGACUCAUCUAGUGAGCAGUCUACGAAGUCAACAGAAAAUUCAUCCAAUGUUGGGGAAUCACCAUUUCCUGACACUUCUUACUAUGCGUUACUAAGUGGAUUUGAAUAUCCCCAGGAACUGGAAAGUCUCCGUCGUGUAUUAACUCCCUUGAGUAAAGAUCAACUAAUAGAGCUAUUAGCAGGUGCUUGUGUGGAUAAUCAGGCUACUCUGCAAAAUGUAUUAUCUGUUAUUUAUGAGAGUCGGUCACAUAGACGUCUCUAUGUUAAGAAUCUCCCCUUCUCUGUAUGUACAGAAUCUGUUAUUAAACUAUUCUCUCAGUUUGGUGAUGUAGAAGAAGGAAUAGUAUUGAAACGGAAUGGAAAGUCAAGAGGUUAUGCUUUUGUUACUUAUAAAACCAUUGAGUCAGCUCAGUUGGCAUGUAAGGAGUCAAUUACAGUUAAUGGACGUGUUUUAAUGGUUAAAUUAGCUGCUGAUCCUUUCCCUUUUGAAGCAAGGCGUUCAGAUGCUUUGAGACGUAAAUUAUUUGUUAGGAAUCUUGGAUUUACAACUACUGAAGACUCUCUAUCAGCUGUAUUUGGAAAAUAUGGUGAACUUGAAGAGUCUGUAAUUUUACGAACUAGAGAAGGAGAAAGUAGAGGCUAUGGAUUUGUUACCUUUGUAAAUACUGAAUCUACAAUGAAAGCUCUACAGCAACCACAUCACCUUGUAGAUGGGCGUUUAGUAUUUGUUCAUCAGGCUAUUGAGGGUAGGAUUAGAUCUUCAAGGAACUCAAAUAAAAUACCGAAUGAAAAUAAAGGGAAGAAGGGGAGUAAAGUUGCAGAUGACUCGCAAAAUUCUUGUCUUGGAAAUUCAAAUUCUAACAGUACUUCAUACACAAGUAGUAGUAGAGAUAUUGUUGAUUUUGAAUCAAAUAGUGAUGAAAUAAGCAACUAUUCAUGUGCCAGAAGUAGUCUAGGUAUCAUGAAUGAACAUGUUAAUUCUAGUGGACCUACCUAUUUCCCUAAUAACUCCUGUGGAGAUAUGUCAAAGACAUCUGGAUCUUUAUUCCCUCUGUAUAACCAACAUAAUAAGAUGAAGCAGACAUGUAAUUUAAGAUUUUUUAAUUCGAACACUAUAUUAAAUAUGGGUUUACAUAUGAAUAGUUCCAGUUAUGGUAAUGAUGUGUGUAGUGAAUCUUGGGGGAAUUCGGUCAAAUUUAAUGAUGAGACCAUUUCAAAUUGCUGUUUGAGAUCUAUGAAAGGCAAGAAUUUAGAUGGAGAUCAGGAAGGUAGUUUUACAUUUGACAAUUCGCCUUUGUUCCCCAAAGACUCUUUCUAUGAUAUUCAGAGUCUUAGUAAUAAUGGUAACUUGGGGUCUAACGGGUUCCGAGAAGUUAGCGGAUGCCCUCUUGACUCACCAACAUUUCCCGAAUCUUCGUAUUAUAAUUGGCAGAUAAAGGCAUCUAAUGAAUUGAAUGGUUAUGCGGAAUCUAUUAAGUUGGAUUGCAGUGGUUUUACGUGGUCAAAAGAUAAGAUACCAUGUUGUUCAUCUAUAAACCCUACAUGGACCAACAAUUUAACUAAUAGACACACCAUUAGUUCAUCGUUAACUAGUAGUACAGGUAUUUCAGAAUAUUGA